CUCGGCAAUAUAUCCCCUCCAGAAAUUUAGUUCGCGGCUUAACUUGAUCCUUUUUAAUGAAUUUGUAUAGGAAGGAUUCCAAGAGGUCGCAGGAUCACCCACGUCUAAGCGUUUAUUUACCUCUCGAUAGUUUUAUAAAUUUUUGAAUGCGUUGACCUCCUCUCCACAUUUUUCUGCCAUCCUAGGUUCUUUCACUCCCCUUUUAACCCUCAAUUGUUUCUUUUACGGAAGUAAAGCCCUUUCGUUCUAACAUAAACAUUUUUCUCAUUUUGUUUGAUGACUCACAAGUAAAUUUGCUCCACUUUAAAAUUUGUCCUCAUAAAUAUGUUCAAGAAAACCAUCCCAUACAAAAUUGUAAAAUCUUCUAAUGGUGAUGCUUGUAUUGAGAUUCAAUCAAAGCUUUAUUCUCCUUCACAAAUUGUUUCCUUUAUUUUACUAAAAUUGAAGCAGACAGCCGAAAAUUAUUUAAAUAAAAAAGUUAGGGAAGCAAUAAUUACAAUUCCUGGCUAUUUUAAUGAUUCACAAAAACAAGCAUUAGAGGAAGCUGGUAAACUUGCGGGAAUGAAAAUUUUACGGUUUGUUGAUGAUUCUGCUACUGCAGCUGCAAUUGAUUGUGAUUUUGGACGAGGAUCACGCGAAAUGUUUGUUGUUUUUUAUUUAAGUGAAAUUCUGGCCCACUUUCUCUAA